AGGCUCAGUUGUUAGAGCAGAAUUUGGCCAUUCAGAUCAAGAUUAGGCCAUGACACUGAGAAAACGAAGCGAGCUGAGAUAAUGAACAAGAGCUCAAACAAUUAGUGUCUUUGACUGCGACAAGUAGUCACAUCCACUGAAAAGACACAUGGAACAGACUCAAAACAUGCGUUAACCCUAAUUAACAUCAAAGCAGUAAAUACGCUGUAAAACAUACUGGGCUUUAUGGAGCCUUUCAAAACAGUUAGAGCUAAAAGUUUCCUUUUUUGUUUGGUAAAUCUUUUUCAGCCUAAUUAAAUACUUCUGAGCCUUCAUCAAAGAAGAAUCAGUCCUAAAUAGUAAGUGUAGACAGGGAGUGGCGCUGAGAGACAGCAAACGAGAAAACAAGAAGGAAGGAAGCAAGGAAGGAAGAAGGGAAAGAGUUGGAGGAUGAGCUGCUUUACUUUUAGGCUCUUCGACCCUGACGUUACAGAAUAUGAGAAGAGGAGGGAGCCGACAUCCUGAACAAAGUAAGUACAGUGUGUCUCAGGUCCAACAGUGUUGCGUUUGUGUUCACUGGGGUGUUUUUGCUUUUGGCAAGUUAGAAUCUGCUUAGAUUUUUUAUGUGUUUUCAAAGCAGAGCAAAUGUUUGGAUGUUUGACCUAUUUAUCCAGAAUUCUUCAUGUUCAGUUUUCUAAUGUAGCAUCAGUCAUUAUUACAGUAGGCUUUGUGUGCCGGGUACAGACAGCUCAGCUGCUGACCUAGAGGAGUGCUCAGCGAACGCGAGCACACUGAAGCGUACUCCGGGUGGAAUUACCAUUGAUCCCAGAAAACAAUUCCACUUCCCGUCCUGUUGCCGGAGAAUGCUUCCCAGCAAAAAAUAGAGCACCAGGGAUGUAAGGAAAAAAAGGGGGAGGAAGAAGAGGAGGAGAUGGAGGAGGAGAGAGCGAAGGGAGGGCCAUGGGCGGUGGGGGGUACUCUUGUGAUGCCCUCCUUUUCUUCUCGUGCCCCCGGUGUGGACGACCAGUUCAGUGUCGGGACGCGGAGCUCAGCCUGUUGCUGCCGAUGCUCCACAGGACGUGUGGUCUCUGCACCUCCUCAGAAGGAGACGCGUCUCGCCAGUGGACAGGCCAGAAGGAGGAAACGCCACAGACGACGUCAAGCAGGAAGGCAGGAAAGACUCCAUUCCCACCGCUGUGUGUAAAUACUAGUCCAGACUGUCGGCCACAUUGGUGAUGGAGAGUCCUCAGCAGUCACGGAACAGAUCAGACCCGUUUGAGCAGGUGCCUCCUGCUGCUGUGCUGCUCGGCUCACGCUCCCUUCUCCUCGGCCUCUCGGCCCGUUUGUGAUUUACCUCCACCCAACAUCAGCAGCUCCCUCGGAGCCAGGCUCCUGCAGCAGCACAGGGGAUCUGAGCCUUGGCGGUGGAUGGAGUGUGGAGCGGCAGUAGAAGUGACUUAUCUGUGUGCGGGAAAUGGAAGCAGCCACUUAUGGAUUACACUUGGAGGCGGAUGAGGGGUGCGACCUUUCACCUCUACCCUUCCUCCUUUUCGUCCUGUCUCUCCUCUCUCUUCAGUGUUGCUGCCGCGCGUCCGGUCUGUGAGCAGUGAUGGGGGACUGGAGUCUCCUGGGGAAUUUCCUAGAGGAGGUCCAGGAACACUCCACGUCGGUUGGGAAGGUCUGGCUCACCGUCCUCUUCAUCUUCCGCAUCCUGGUGCUGGGCACGGCGGCCGAGUCGUCCUGGGGCGACGAGCAGAGCGACUUCCUGUGUGACACCCAGCAGCCCGGUUGCACCAACGUGUGCUACGACAGCGCCUUCCCCAUCGCCCACAUCCGCUACUGGGUGCUGCAGAUUGUCUUCGUCUCCACGCCGUCCCUCAUCUACAUGGGCCACGCCAUGCACACGGUGCGCCGGGAGGAGAAGCGGCGCAGGAGGGAGCAGGAGGAGAGGGAGGCCGGAGCCGAGGGCGGAGGAGACCUGGAGGGGGAGAAGGAGUACCUGCAGCAGAAGGAGAUGACGUCCGAGGGCACGGGCCGCGUUCGCCUGAAGGGGGCGCUGCUGCAGACUUACAUCCUGAGCAUCCUGAUCCGCCUGGCGAUGGAGGUGACGUUUAUCGUGGUGCAGUACCUGAUCUAUGGCGUGUUCCUCAAAGCGCUGUACCUGUGUGAGACCUGGCCCUGCCCCAACCCAGUCAACUGCUACAUGUCCCGGCCCACGGAGAAGAACGUCUUCAUCAUUUUCAUGCUGGUGGUGGCCGGAGUGUCUCUGCUGCUCUCUGUGUUGGAGCUGUACCACCUCAUUUGGAAGAGCAUGAGGAAGUGCGUCCGCAAUAAGGUGAUGCAGAGGAGCCACCACAGAGCGGUGACGGUGGUGACCGCAGCCCUGGAGCCCAACAGCCCCUCCAGGCCCUCGGCCUCCUGCACCCCUCCCCCUGACUUCACCCAGUGCCUGGCAGCGCAGAGCUCCAUCAACCCCAUGGCCUCCAUGGCCUCGCAUCCCUUCAACACCAGAAUGGCUCUGCAGCAGAACUCGGUCAACUUGGCCACCGAGCGCCACCACAGCUGUGACAACAUAGAGGACGAGGAGGACUUCCUGAGGAUGAGAUACGACCAGGCACCAGCGCAGCUGCCCAACAGCUGCUCCCCAUCGCCGCUGCUUCCCUCUGGCUACAUGAAGGACAAGCGUCGCCUGAGCAGGACCAGCGGAACCAGCAGCCGCGCCCGACAGGACGACCUGGCGGUGUAGGUCCACGAGCACCGAGCGGAGAAGAGGAGGGAGAGCCCUCCAGAACCAAAGAGAAAGAACAGGAAGCUCUGUUUAGCAAGACCAUGCGCUGCUUCUGGAUGAAAGACUGAGCAUGAGCUCAGAAUAACGAGCUGCGCAAUAUUAAAGCCCAGCACUUGAACAGCGAUGGACUGAAUGUCCAGAUUAAGAAGAGACUGUAAUGUGAGCAGACCAUGAGUCUAAGAGCUUGAAAAACUAACAACCACACUGCAAAAGGAAUGAGAGCAGGGCAACAGAUGUGACACCUGCCUAUUGCACAGUCGACGUUUUAAUUAGGCAGUGACAGCCAAAAAAGUGAAGGAAGGAGACAAUAAUAGCAUCUCAGUGAUUCGGUUUCUCAUAAUCACCCUGUGACUUUAAUUAGCACAACCAACAUUACGGAGAGAAAACAGAGACUUGAUCUGCGAAAAGCUGUGAAGCUCGCUGCGCGUGUGCAGCAUGUGCCUUAGCAAGUGUGAAGAAGCACCACGGAACAUGUUUAUGCGUACGCACUAUUAUUGCACUAUUCAUUACCUGUAGGUCAACAACAACACGCAUUGAAGAAUGACGACUUAACGGCGUGAACGAGUGUGUGUGUGACGGCAGCCUUUGUGUGUGUGUGAACGUCGCCUGGUUCAGGGUUUUCCUGUUGAACGUGAAGCCUUGCUGAGGUGGUGGCUAUGAGCAGAAACAGCCACUAAGUGGCAACAUUGCACUUGUGAUUUUUUGUCUUCCUCUUGGAACCGUUAUGUAAAUACUGACUUUGUUCCUCCCUGUAUGUUUCCAUUUCUUUGAAUGUGCUUUAUUCUGUUUCUGUGGUCUGAUCUUACUGUGGACAGAUAAACAGGUUGUUCAUAAUCGUAGGCUGAAAACGAAUAUUCUUAUAGAUGAAGGUGUGAAAUGUUGUCCAUGCUUCAUUUCAUUUAAGAAGAAGAAACCUUGUUCAGUCUCUACUGUUGUUGUACUGUUUUGUUUCACAUUGUUCACCUUUAUGCAAUAAAUGCACCAAAAGCAUCAUACAAUAAUAAAUCAUCCACUGCACAAUCUG